AUGGAAUCUACAAAAUAAGGAGCUACUGACAGAAACUAACCAGCCAACUAAAUCAAUGUGUCAACAAAGAAGAAUCCCAACUUCUACGUAUUCUUGGGCAAGAAAUAUCUAGAAGAGCACGAGAUCAUUGAAUUGCACGCCCUCGGUAACGCUGUCUCAAUCAGUGUUAUUGCUGCCGAAAAUCUUGUCAGAAACAACUACGCCACAUUCAAGGAAAUCAAGACCAAGACCGUCGAGGUUUCAGGUAACAAAGACGAAAAGAGCAAGAAGGCAAAGUUGUUCAUUACCCUCUAGAAGAGUCCUCAAUUCGCAGAGAACAUGGCCAAGUUCAACAAGAUCAGAGAGGAAAAUGAGGCCCUCAAGAAAGAGGAACAAACCAAGCAAUGA